GCCCGCCCGAGGCUCCUCGGGAUCGCGGGAUCUCGGCCCCUUUCUGCUGAUGUCACGGAGCGGGGCCCCGGGAGGGCAGGGACCGGCCGCCCCUUCCCGGAUCCUCCUCUCCCUCCUCUCCCCUCCCCGGGCCGGCUGAGCGGAGCCGGGAGCCGCGGAUGCCCCGGCAGGUGAGCGCUCCGCAGGGCCUGUCCAUGGAUGCCAGCAAGAAGGUGGAUCUGAAGAUCAUCAUCAUCGGAGCUCUGGGCGUGGGCAAGACCUCUCUGCUGCACCAGUACGUGCACAAGACGUUCUAUGAGGAUUACCGCACCACACUGGGUGCCAGCAUCCUCACCAAGGUCCUGGCUGUGGACAACACCCCCCUGAAGCUGCAGAUCUGGGACACAGGCGGACAGGAGCGAUUCCGGUCCAUGGUGUCGACCUUUUACAAAGGCUCGGACGGCUGCAUGCUGGCCUUCGAUGUGACAGACAGGGAGUCCUUCGAGGCCCUGGAUAACUGGAGAGAUGAUUUCCUGGAGAAGGUCAUUCCCAGGGAACAGGAUUUCCCCAUGGUCGUGCUGGGGAACAAGAUAGACCUCAGUGACCGGCAGGUGCCCAAGGAAACGGCCUCAGCCUGGUGCAAGGAGAAGGACAUCCCGUAUUUCGAGGUGAGCGCCAAGAACAACAUCAACGUGGCCGAGGCUUUCGAGACGCUGGCGAAGCAGGCGCUGAGCACGUAUAAAGGGAUUUUUGAGAGUUAUUUAACCGACUCCAUCAAGCUCACCCCCAAUGACAAGCCCAAGCAGAGCUGCUGCUGACCCCGGGGCUGCUGGACCCCUCGAUGCCCACGGCUGGAGCCCUGCCCGGGGGUCCGAGCCCCCUGCCCACCCCGGCCUGGCCACGGGGACCGGCUGGACACAGCAGGACCUGCACAUCCAGGGAUCUGCUGCUUCCCAUGGCUCUGGAGCUGCUCUCCCGAGCCUCCCAAUAUCUGGGUGUCACAGUGUCCCAAUGUCUGGGUGUCACGGUGUCCCAAAGUCUGGGUGUCACAGUGUCCCAAUGUCUGGGUGUCAUGGUGUCCCAAAGCCUGGCUGUCACGGUGUCCCAAUGUCUGGGUGUCAUGGUGUCCCAAAGCCUGGGUGUCAUGG